AUAAUUAAAUAUAAAAGCAAACAUUUUUUGGAGAUGAAGUUGAAAACAUUUCUAAUAGUUUUAAAUAUUCACUAGAUCAAAAUGUUCUAUGAGCACAUUAUUUUGGCCAAGAAAGGUCCCCUAGCUAGGAUCUGGUUGGCAGCACAUUGGGAUAAAAAAAUUACAAAGGCCCAUGUAUUUGAAACUAAUAUUGAAAAAUCAGUGGAAGGCAUUUUGCAACCGAAAGUCAAAUUGGCGCUGAGAACAUCUGGACAUUUAUUGCUGGGAGUUGUUCGCAUUUAUUCAAGAAAAGCGAAGUAUUUAUUAGCUGAUUGCAAUGAAGCCUUCGUUAAGAUUAAGAUGGCUUUUCGACCAGGCAUGGUUGACUUACCAGAAGGUCAUAGAGAAGCUAAUGUUAAUGCGAUAACACUCCCAGAAGUUUUCCAUGACUUUGAUACAGCGUUGCCUGAAUUAAACGAUAUUGAUAUUGAGGCUCAAUUUUCUAUAAAUCAGUCUAGAGCUGACGAGAUAACAAUGAGAGAAGAUUACGGCAGCUUGUCUCUCUCUUUACAAGAUGACGGAUUUGGUGAUAUAGGCUUUGAAGCAGAAACGCCCGAAAUUAUGCGAUGUUCUAUACCUUCAAAUAUCAAUGAUAAGCUUUUUGAUAAUGAUGUGUUGGAAAAUAUUGAGUCCUUGGAUCCACAUUCAACGGACGCACAUGCGGAUAUACCUGGUUCUCGAUUGGACGGUGAUGGGUUUGGAGAUUCUUUUGGACAACCAGCCCUUUUUGAAGACGAUCUUUUUGGUGAUUCUUCUCAGCCAGUUGAGCAGGUUCCCAAAGAAUCUACUGCUGUUAUCAACGCAGAGGAUUCUGAUGAAGACACCAUUGAUAAUAUUCAUAACGUUCCGUCGCCUGCAACCUCGCUCGCUAAUUCAAUUGAAGAUGAGAAAGAUGAAAAUAAUUCGAAUGAACAUGUUAGUGUGUCCGAAAAUGUGCCAAUAAAUGAAAUAACGCUCAUUCAAAACGAGGAUGAGGGGUUUGCGUUAGCUCCUUUAGAUGUAUCGAUUCAUAAAGGCGUAACCAAAGCCAAACGCAAACGAAAACUUAUUAUUGACGAAAUUAAAAAUAUUUCUGGAGAAGAAAUGAAGGCUCAGUUAGCCGAUACAUCUGAUAUAUUAACCACACUUGAUCUGGCCCCACCAACAAAAAGGUUAAUGUAUUGGAAAGAAACUGGAGGUGUUGAAAAACUUUUUUCAUUACCUUCGCGAUCCAUACCAGCUAGAGCUUUGUUUAGUAAUUACAAUAGACAGCUGUUUUCGCAUUCAACGUUCUUUGAGGACUUUUCAAGUGUUGCACCAAUGGAAAUACUUGCGCUGGAAAUUUAUGCCAAAGACAACGAAAACGCUUUAAUCAUUUUUAAUAAAAAAGGACGCAAACGGAAGAUUGAUAUUGUGUCUAAUUCGUUUUUGGACCAUGCACCUGAUUCACUUAUUCAAAGCUUGGAAGCUCCUGAAGUCCUGAGAGAGAAUCAUAAAUCUUUGGGGAUAUCUACCGUUUCUGUGGACAUUGUGUCAAAAGAGCAAGAAAGUAUGGCAUGUCAACAUGAAUUAACAUUUUUUGAUAGCAUGCGAAGUCCAGACCUCUUGUCCUUAAAUGAAAUGGAUCAGUUAUCAUCAAUAAAUGAGAUGCCUUUAACACCAAGAAACACGAGUCAUGACAUGGGGGAUGAUUUUAAUCAAGGAGACUCAACACCAGUUGGAUUAGAUCACGGUCACGGCACUCCGCAGCAUGGAAAUAUUGGCGAGAUGGAUCAUAACUCUAUUAUACCUACAGUAAAGAUUAAAGCCAUUUUAAGUGAAUCUGGGGGUCAGCCUUUAUUGAGCGAUAACGGUUUUUCGAAAAGCGCAAAUAACAUUUUAAAAGGAUGGCACAACUACGAAAUUCCCGGUUUUGCUGGCCAGAAUCACUGUGAUGAACAAAUGGAAAAUGAAACCGAUGAACAAUUUGAAGAACGCGUUUUAAAUAAGAGAGCUGCACAUCUUUUUAUUGACGUAAGAUCACAUUUUAUCGCUAAGGACUGUUUGGAACUUUCUCAGCUUACAUCAGGAAAUUCUAGAAAACAGGCGGCUCAAAAAUUUUAUUCCCUCCUCGUCUUAAAGAAGUUCAAGGUGCUUCACAUUGAUCAAUCUUCUCCCUAUGCAGAUAUUACUAUAACUCGAGGACCAACGUUCGAAAACCCAAAAAUUUAAGGAGUUAAAUAAAAAUCUGUUUUAAUUGAUAA